AUGGAAGUCACAUCUUAUCAGACACCAGAGGAUCCAUCCACACUGGUGAGAAGAGGUCAUAUCAAUGUUCUGAAUGUGACAAAGCUUUUACACAGAAGUCAAUCUUAUCAUACACCAGAGGAUUCACACUGGAGAGAAGUCAUAUCAGUGUUCUGA